AUGGCAGAAAAACACGGAUUGACUCUGGGAGGCUCAUCCUCCGUUUCCUCUUUAACCGAUUUUAUUCGGUGUCUCCCCCCGGAGAUAGUCCUACAGAUAUUAACCUAUCUCCCCUUCGAAGAUUUGCUUUCUUUUGGGUCCACCAGCCGCUUGAAUAAUGAAUACCACAUCGUGAGCAUGAAACGAUUAAGGCUAGGCGUUUUCGAGAAACGAGUGCACUCGAUAAUUUCCCUUCUCCAAGCCGGAUGGGCUAGCCCUGAUCAUCUGGGCAGUGGCUGGGUUGAUCAAGAGGCCGCACGAAGCUAUACAAUUUCUAUUGUCCAGAACCCAGCUAAAUCUACGAAACAAUGGCCACUGCGCGGAAAUCCAUGCCAUACAAUAUACCCGAGAAACAGCGGUCCAAGGUUACGUGAAAAGCCACAAUCGCAAGAACAAAUGAUUCGAAUACAGAACAGAAUAUUCGCCAGUGUCCUACGACGCUACGGACCAUCACUACGGACUCUUGAAUUUAUGGCGUAUGACCUCAACACCGAGGGCGCAUCUGCCUUGGGCACCCGUUGUCAACAUACUCUCCGCCACCUUGCACUGCGCUUCGAACACCAACAUAUCCGAGAUGGAGUUAUGAGGCCAAGUACAUGGCUUCACCCGGCUCCUGGGAAUGAGGCGUGGAAUUUGCUUAUAGGAAUUGGACAAUUCAAGAAUACUGGGCUUCACAGCCUUGAGACUUUGAUUUUGGAGCGAGCAGGCAUCACGCCGUGGCAGUUGAUGAUGCUUGUAAAGAAGAACCCUAAUUUGACGACUCUAAGACUCAGGGUUUGCCGAGGCGCCCGGCCUGAGUUUUUGUAUUGGCUAGGCGGCAUCCGAAAUGGCUUGGACGAUGAACCGGGGCAGUUUCACGGGCCGGCGCCUGGUGCGAAGCUUGAAGUUCUCUCAUUAGAGCAUUGUCAUCGACUGCUCAAAUACCCCAUCGAUGAAGGGGAUGAUUUGAAGGACGAGGAGUGUGACAGUGGCUUCGAAUGGGUGAGGGGCUUAAGCAAUCUGCGGUCAUUAUCCUUUAGCGAAAGCACGAAUAUCCCAUCGGAGCUUGUUGAUAGAGCAAACAAGAAGAUUUGGAAGAUCCCUGAGGUUAUUCUGCCCUACUGCCUCCACGAUGGGAACGCUGUCAUUGCAGUCGAUCCCAAGUGGAAGUGA